UGAGCAUGCUGGAGCCUGCAGAUCUGAAAUCUGGUUGACGCGUCUGCAGCCACUGCUGAGCUUUGGGUAGGCCAGGUUCGAGGAUCGGCCCUGGAUCUCUGCUGUCGCGCUUCCCUACCCCGGGCUCCUUCCAGCACCAAGUCCGCUAUCCCUGCCGUGGCCACGCCCCUCUGUGCCCUACGUCCUGGCUUCUCUGCAUCCUGGCUGCUCUGCGUCUGUCUGUUCCCCCCGGUGGAGGGGAGAGGCAGCCAUCCUUCAGGUGGAGCGAAGUGGAGACUCUUCCUGAGCCCAGCUGCAGGACACUGAACACCAACGAGAUUCACAAAAUACAAUUAUGGGUGUAAGAGGUUUGCAGGGGUUUGUGGGAAGUACCUGCCCACAUAUAUGUACAGUAGUAAAUAUUCACGAGCUGGCAGAGCAUCACCGAAACAAGUACCCUGGACGUACGCCUACCAUUGUGGUGGAUGCUAUGUGCUGUCUCCGAUACUGGUACACACCAGAGUCUUGGAUCUGCGGCGGCCAGUGGAGAGAAUACUAUUCUGCUUUGAGAGAUUUUGUUACAGCCUUCACAUCUGCCGGCAUCAAGUUAAUAUUCUUCUUUGAUGGCAUGGUGGAGCCGGGUAAGCGGGAUGAGUGGGUAAAGCGUAGACUUAAAAACAACAGGGAGAUAUCCAAGAUUUUCCACUAUAUCAAGUCAAAAAGAGUCCAGCCAGGCAGAAACAUGUUCUUCAUUCCCUCGGGUCUGGCUAUAUUUACACGGUUUGCCCUGAAGUCACUGGGCCAGGAGACUUUCUGUUCAUUACAGGAGGCAGACUAUGAGGUGGCUUCUUACGGCCUCCAAAACAACUGUCUUGGAAUCCUUGGGGAAGACACUGACUACUUAAUUUACGACACUUGCCCCUACUUUUCAAUUAGUGAUCUCUGCCUAGAGAGUCUCCGAACCAUCAUGCUCUGUCGAGAAAAGCUCUGUGAGAGCCUGGGCCUCCAUGUGGCAGACCUUCCUCUGCUGGCCUGUCUGCUGGGCAAUGACAUCACUCCAGAGGGCAUGUUUGAAAGCUUUCGGUACAAAUGCUUGUCGUCCUAUACUUCUGUGAAGGAGAACGCAGGCAGAAAGGGAAAUAUUAUCUUAGCUGUCUCAGACUAUAUCUCCAAAGUUCUUCAUUUGUAUCAAGGUGAGAAGAAAAUAGAAGAGAUGCUACCCUUGGGGCCAAACAAAGCUCUUUUUUAUAAAGGAGUAACAUCAUAUCUUUUGCCAGGCCAGAAAUCUCCAUGGUUAGUUCAAAAACCCAAAGACAUAAUAACAGACAAGCAAAUGGUGAGUUUAAACCCUGAAUCCAAGCAAGAAGUCCCUAUGUGUAUAGAUCCUGAAUUCAAGCAAGAAGUUCCUGUGUGCACUAAUCCCGAGUCCAUGCAAGAAGUCCCCAUGUGUAUGGAUCCUGAACCCAACCAGGAAGCUUCCAUGUGCACAGAUCCUGAAUCCAAACAAGAAGUGCCCAUGUGCACAGAUCCCGAAUCCAAGCCAGAAGUUUCCCUGUAUACACACCCAGAGAGCAAGCAAAAAUCACCUUCAGAAAUAGACACUGAAUUUAAUCUAGAAGCACUCAUGUGUGCACACCCUGAAGUUAAACAAGAAGACGCCAUGGAUAUGGAACCUGAAAUAAAGCAAGCAACCAUGGUUUCAGAGUCUGAGAUCUUAAAGAUUGCCAGGAUGCAGCAUGUCCACUCAGAAAGCUACCUAGUGUACAACAUAAUGAGCAGUGGAGAGAUAGAGUGUAGUAACACCCUGGAGGACGAGCUGGACCAAGCCCUACCGAGCCAAGCCUUCAUCUACCGCCCAGUCCGGCAGCGUGUCUACUCACUCUUAUUUGGGGACUGGAAAGAUGAAGCCAGCAACGGCCCAGUGGUCAAGGAGUGGUUUGUGUACCCUGGUAACUCCCUGAAGCACCCAGACCUAGUUAGGCCUCUGCAGAUGACCGUUCAAGGGGGAACACCUAGCUUGGAAGUUCUGUGGCUCAGCCAAGAGCCAGAAGCACAGGCCCGGCGCCUGGACACGUUGCUAGCCUGCUUCAACCUUUCCUCCUCAAGAGAAGAGCUGCAAUCAGUUGAAAGCCCAUUGAGAGCACUGUGCUGCCUCCUGAUAUACCUCUUUGUCCAGGUGGACACUCUUUCCCUGGAAGAUCUACAUGCAUUUAUCGCUCAGGCCUUGUGUCUCCAAGGAAAAUCAACCUCCCAGCUUAUGCACUUACAGCUGGAUUACAUUAACUCCAGAGCUGUGCAGCUGGGGUCCCUCCUUGUCCGAGGCCUUACCACGUUGGUACUAGUCAACAGCGCAUGUGGCUUCCCCUGGACAACAAGUGAGUUUAUGCCCUGGAACAUAUUUGACGGCAAGCUUUUCCAUCAGAAGUACCUGCAGUCUGAAAAGGGAUAUGCCGUGGAGGUUCUUUUGGAACAAAAUAGAUCGUGGCUCACCAAGUUCCACAACCUGAAGGCAGUGGUCUGCAAGGCCUGCUCCAAGGAGAACCGACGCAUUGUAGGCAGAACACAUUGGAACUCUCACUACACAGGAAGGCAAGGGAGACAGAGCCACAGCUCCUACAGGACAGGCUCCACACAUGGUCAUUCUGGGCAGUCGUGGAGAGACCAGGGUUCAGGAGGCAGACAGCAUGAGCAUGACCACUGGAGAAGAUACUAGGUGUCGUACAGAAGAGUGUGGAAAAAGGGUCAGUGCCCGGACUCCGCCCUCCUUCCAAGGAGUGUUCAGAGUGACAUCACCCAGUCUCAUCAGCAAGGACAGCAACUGGGACUACACUUAAAGGAAGGAAAAAUUUCUUUUCAGAGGUUUCUAACGGUAGAAAGAUCCUAUUGGUUUGUUUCAGAGGUUGAUCCUGACUCCCAUGACCUAGAAACACUUGACUCUAACAUCAAGAAGGCUCUCCUGACCUUAGCAGGAGUCUAAUUCCCAACAUUUUCUUGCUAUUAAAUUGUGAAAAUGUUGCUCAAAUCAUUAGUCUUUGAAAUCAUGAUGUCUUCGUGUUUUUCUGUCAUUGUGGAAAGGCACCAUGACCAAAGCGACUUACAAAAGAAAGCAUUUAAUGUGGGUCUUAGGGUUCCAGAGGGUGGUAGAGCCCAUGACCAUCAUGUUGGGGUACAUGACGACACCAGGCGAGGACUAGCCAACAGAAAAUGGCUCAGGGUUUUGAAACUUCAAAGCCCACCUGCCAGCAACACCUCCAUCAGCAAAGCCACGCCUCUUCCAGUAAGGCCACUCCUCCUAAUCCUUUCUAUCAACUGGAGACCAAACAUGCUAGCUUAUGGGGCCAUUCUCAUUCAAACCACUACACAUGAUAUCUAAUAGCUAUACAGUCUGUCAAAAAUUACCUUUUCAUUAGAAAAUCUAACAGAAGUGUUUAUCUGUUUUCUUUCUUGAUCCACAAAGUAUUUGGAUAGGAAAAAAAAAAACAAUAAAUUCUUGCUUUCUUGUGGGAGAGUUGGUUCUGCUUGGAGGAAAGAUGGCUCAGUGGUUAAGAACAGCGGCUGCUCUUCCAGAGACUCAAGGUAUGAUUCCCAUCACCCACACGGUGGCUCACAGCUGUCUGUAACUCCAGUUCCGGGGGAUCUCCUGUGAGCACCAAACACAAGUGAUGCCCAGACAUGCAUACAGGCAAAACACCCAUAAAGAUGAAAUAUUUAAUAAUUAAAAAAAAAAGAUUUUUAAAGAAGCAUAGUGGGUUAAGCUUAAAGUAAGAUCCUCUUUAAACUUUGAGGUUCUUAUCUAUCUCCACUGGGGAUACAAGAGUAGCUAUGCCUGUCCAGGACCCUUAUGGCCCUGCUAUAUCUCUGGGGACACUUAGUUCCCUAGGGAGAUGUAAGCACUCUGGUCAUUGGAAGAUGUAUCCUUUCAGUGCUCCUGUCUUUAAGAUUUUAGUAAGCUUCUAAAACUGUUCCUUUUCAUCUUUAUGCUGACAGUUUUCCCGACCACUGGCUCAACCAUGCUGUGCGGUUUCACCUUGAGUUUCUCUUGGGUUUCGCCUUGAGAUUCUUGUGUUUACCAGAAAGGUAUAGAUAUAUCUCCCACAAUUGAACAUGGUUGUAUUUGUUCAGCUUCUUUCUGCUCCUGAAGGACUUGAGCAUAGUGUGUCUGCAGAUCAUGUAGCUGCCAUGACGUUGCUGCCUAGAUUUGGAACUGGCUUCUCUGGUCCCUCCCGCGAAUACUGUCUUCUCCCUUUCUGCUACUUUCAAACACUGCUGCGUUUAGAUGUCCUGUUUCUCUGCUGUUUACUUGUGUAACUUUGAAUUAAGAUUCUGGUCUCUUAGAUUGAAUAUUUCUAUGAAGUUGUUUUCCGUCAAAGAAGCUGCAACCUGACUUGUCAAUAAAAUGCGUAUGUCAGUCACAAGUUUAAAUAAGCCACUGUGUUGAUGGAAUAUUUAUCACAUUUAGAGCUUUUCCAGUGACAGCAUUGCUUACAUUGCUUUCCAGUCAAGUCUUGCGAUAGAAUUUCCACAUAUCAAUUCAAAAUAAAAAUGCAUUUUUAAACUCCUA